AUGGGACUGCAACUACUAAAGCAGUUGAAGAUAACUAAUAAUCAUAUAUAUUCUAAUAUUGUCCCUAAGGAUCUAGAUAAACGAACAAUAAGGGUGAAACCAAUAAAUGAUUAUUCUUUGAAAAAUAUGUUAAAGAACACCCGUUUACCGGUUGUUUCUAGCACAGUUGCAGGAAUAUCGAAGCCAGCGAAACGGGCAAGGAAUUCUCGUGUGAAAAUAAAGAUGAGAAAGAGGAAAUGUUGGAUUACUAUAAAAUAUGACAAAAAAUUGGGAGUAUCGCUACUAAACACUCCAAUAGAUACUAUUCUUAAGCAUCAAAAUUGUACUGAUGAUGAUGAUGAUGCUUCAAAUGGGUUUCGAAUACAAGAUGAAGACAAAGAGGAUUCGUUGGAAGAUAGACAAUUACCGUAUAAUGGAAUAUUGAAAUACCCUGAUUGUAUAAUUAAUAAUACUGAUCCGACAAAAGAAGAUAAGGAUCAGUUUAAUCAAUUUCUCAAAGAAGGUGUUUUGUUACGAAACAAGACAUUAAAUCAAUCCACAUCAGAGGAAAACCAACCACAAAAAGAAGAUUCCCUACCUCCUUCCAAAAAUCAUCUCGAACCACAACAAAGUGCAGAGUCAACACCUGCACCAAAUGUAUUAACACUAAGUAAAUCAAAAAUCAAUCGCAUUGUGUUUCGAGAUUAUGAAAUCAAUACUUGGUAUAUUGCACCAUAUCCCGAGGAGUAUUCCCAAUGUGAAGUUUUGUACAUUUGUGAACAUUGUUUGAAAUACAUGAAUUCUCCUAUAUCUUAUCAAAGACAUCAAUUGAAAAAUUGUAAUUUUUCAAAUAAUCAUCCACCCGGGUUGGAAAUUUAUCGAGAUAUAGAGAAGAAAAUUCUGAUUUGGGAAGUUGAUGGUAGGAAAAACAUUAACUAUUGUCAAAAUUUAUGUUUACUAGCCAAAUUAUUUUUGAAUUCCAAGACUUUAUAUUAUGAUGUUGAGCCAUUUGUUUUUUAUAUUUUGACAGAAAUUGACGAUAAUGAUUUUUCGAAAUAUCAUUUUGUGGGGUAUUUUUCUAAAGAAAAAUUGAAUAGUUCCGAUUAUAAUGUUUCUUGUAUUUUAACCUUGCCUAUAUAUCAAAGAAAAGGAUAUGGUAAUUUAUUAAUUGAUUUUAGUUAUUUAUUGAGUCGAAAUGAAUUUAAAUACGGAACUCCCGAAAAACCAUUAAGUGAUUUGGGUUUAUUAAGUUAUAGAAAUUAUUGGAGGAUCACUAUUGCUUACAAGUUACGAGAAAUUCAUGAAAAAUACUUGAAACACUCAUCGAACCAAAAACCCAUUUCAUUAUCAAUUGAUGUGUUGUGUAAAUUAACAGGAAUGAUCCCGUCAGAUGUAAUCGUUGGUUUGGAGCAAUUGGAUUCUUUAAUGAGAAACCCGAUAACUCACAAAUAUGCAAUUACAAUAAAUGUACAAAAGGUUAAUGAAGAGAUUGAAAAAUGGGAAAAAAAGUCAUAUACCACAUUGAGAUAUGAAAAUCUAUUAUGGAAACCAAUGUUAUUUGGUCCAAGUGGUGGUAUAAAUUCAGCACCUGCAAUUCCUCAAGAACAACAACAACAAUUUCAACAGAAUAAAGCCGCUCCAACGGUAUCACAGAAUAGUAUUUCACUAAUUACAAAUUUCUUGAAAGAUGAUAUUAAUAAUCCGUAUACUUUUGAAGAAGAGGGAUUUAAAGAAAUUGAAAUGUAUCUACUGACAGAGAACGAAGAUAUUAUCAGUGAAAGCAUUGUUGAAUAUGUUCCUUGCUACCCUGGUAUUGGAUGCAAAAAGAAACCUCAUGCAAACGGUAAUAUAAAGAACUUUGUUAUUGAAGAUGAUCUAGAUGAAGAUGUGAUAAAGGUAGAUUCGACUGAUGACGAUGAACCAGAUUUCCAAGAAUAUGAUGAAUAUGAGGAGGAGGAGGAAGAAGAAGAGAUUGAAUUACAAGAUGACGACGAAAGUGAUGAUGAUGAUCCAUCAGAAGAAGACGAAGAGGAGGAACAUGAACAAGAACAAGAAAUCAUUGAAAUAAAGGACGACUCGUCCGAUGAAGAUGUUUCCCCAGAAAUUAUUGAUCUUGAAUCUGAUGAUUUUGAUGAUAUUGAUUGGAAUAGACGUGCACCACCUCCUCCUCCACCAAAGAGAAAAACAAUAGAUGUUUUAGCAGGUGACAAUAGACCAAGAGGUAGAGGCAGACCUAAAGGAACGUUUAAAAUAAGAACACCUGUAGUUGCAAAACCUUUGCCUAAACUUGAACCUAGAAGAAGUACUCUUAGAAGAGCCAAACAAAAAUAA